AGGGGUCUGAGGCCGGAGGCUGAGGGAGACGGGAGUUGCUGCGACUCGGGAGUGGGAGUGAGUCAGACCAGGCAGACCUUGGGAUCUUCUGGCUCUCCGAGCAUUUCAGAACUCUGAGGAUUGGGGUGAAGAGAAAACUGGGGAGUGCAUCUGAGGAUGCCCCCUCCAGGGAUUCCCCCACCUUUUCCUCCGAUGGGGCUCCCUCCCAUGAGUCAGAGACCACCAGCCAUCCCCCCUAUGCCACCUGGCAUCCUGCCCCCAAUGCUUCCACCAAUGGGGGCACCACCACCACUCACACAGAUACCAGGAAUGGUACCUCCGAUGAUGCCAGGAAUGCUGAUGCCAGCAGUGCCUGUCACCGCAGCGACGGCUCCGGGUGCGGACACCGCCAGCUCUGCUGUGGCUGGGACAGGUCCUCCGAGGGCCCUUUGGAGUGAGCAUGUGGCCCCUGAUGGGCGCAUCUACUACUACAAUGCUGACGACAAGCAGUCCGUGUGGGAGAAGCCCAGCGUGCUCAAGUCCAAGGCGGAGCUGUUGCUGUCCCAAAGUCCCUGGAAAGAGUACAAGUCAGACACAGGCAAACCUUACUACUAUAACAACCAGAGUCAGGAGUCCUGCUGGACCCGGCCAAAGGAUUUGGAUGACCUGGAGGCUCUAGCCAAACAAGAUACUACAGGGAAACAGCAACCCCAGUCACUACAGCCACAGCCUCCUCAGCCACAGCCUGACCCCCCACCUGUACCUCCUGGCCCUACGCCAGGGCCCACCGGCCUUUUGGAAACUGAGCCAGAUGGAAGUGAAGAUUGUGAUGUGUCGGAGGCUGGCCAGCCCCUGGAGCAGGGGUUCCUGCAGCAGGUGGAGGAAGGCUCUAGCAGUUCUGCUGGACAGCAUCAGCUACCACAGCAGGAGGAGGAGGAACCCAAGCCAGAACCAGAGAGGUCUGGCCUCAGCUGGAGCAACCGGGAGAAGGCAAAGCAGGCAUUCAAGGAGCUGCUGAGGGACAAGGCUGUCCCCUCCAAUGCCUCGUGGGAACAGGCCAUGAAGAUGGUGGUCACCGAUCCUCGUUACAGUGCCUUGCCCAAACUCAGUGAAAAAAAGCAAGCAUUCAAUGCCUACAAGGCACAGCGGGAGGAGGAAAAGGAGGAGGCCCGGCUGAGGGCCAAGGAAGCCAAGCAGACCCUGCAGCAUUUCCUGGAGCAGCAUGAACGCAUGACCUCCACCACCCGCUACCGGCGGGCAGAACAGACCUUUGGGGAGCUGGAGGUCUGGGCUGUGGUCCCUGAGAGGGACCGAAAAGAGGUUUAUGAUGAUGUCCUCUUCUUCCUCGCCAAGAAGGAGAAGGAACAGGCCAAGCAGCUUCGGCGCCGCAACAUCCAGGCUCUGAAGAGCAUCCUGGAUGGGAUGAGUAGUGUUAACUUUCAAACCACCUGGUCCCAAGCCCAGCAGUACCUCAUGGAUAACCCCAGCUUUGCACAAGACCAUCAGCUGCAGAACAUGGACAAGGAGGAUGCUCUGAUCUGCUUUGAGGAGCACAUCCGAGCUUUGGAGAGGGAGGAGGAGGAAGAGCGGGAACGGGCCCGGCUUCGGGAACGUCGCCAGCAACGCAAGAACCGGGAGGCCUUCCAGACCUUCCUGGACGAACUGCAUGAGACAGGCAAGCUGCACUCCAUGUCCACCUGGAUGGAGCUAUAUCCAGCAGUCAGCACUGACAUCCGGUUUGCCAACAUGCUAGGCCAGCCGGGAUCCACCCCUCUGGACUUGUUCAAGUUCUAUGUGGAGGAAUUGAAGGCUCGAUUCCAUGAUGAAAAGAAGAUCAUAAAGGAUAUUCUUAAGGACCGGGGCUUCUGUGUGGAAGUGAACACAGCCUUUGAGGACUUCGCCCACGUCAUAAGCUUUGACAAGAGGGCUGCUGCGCUGGACGCAGGCAACAUCAAGCUGACCUUCAAUAGUCUGCUGGAGAAAGCAGAGGCACGGGAGAGGGAGAGGGAAAAGGAAGAGGCACGAAGAAUGCGGUGCAGGGAAGCUGCCUUUCGAAGCAUGCUGAGGCAGGCUGUGCCUGCUCUGGAGCUGGGCACUGCGUGGGAAGAGGUCCGUGAGCGCUUUGUGUGCGACUCAGCCUUUGAGCAGAUCACCCUGGAGUCGGAACGGAUCCUGCUCUUCCGGGAAUUCCUGCAGGUGUUGGAACAGACCGAAUGCCAGCACCUCCACACCAAAGGCCGAAAACAUGGCAGAAAGGGCAAGAAGCACCAUCGAAAGCGUUCCCACUCGCCUUCAGGCUCCGAGUCGGAAGAGGAGGAGCUGCCCCCACCAUCCUUCCGGCCCCCUAAGUGGAAACGGCGGAACCCUUCCGAAUCUGGUUCUGAGCCCUCAUCUUCACUUGAUUCAGUGGAAAGUGGGGGUGCUGCCCUUGGAGGACAGGGCUCCCCAUCUUCCCACCUUCUUGCAUCAGAUCAUGGCCUUCGCAAAGCCAAAAAACCAAAAAAGAAAACAAAGAAGAGAAGACACAAGUCAAACAGUCCUGAGAGUGAAACUGACCCUGAGGAGAAAGCUGGCAAGGAGAGUGAAGAGAAAGAACAAGAACAGGAUAAGGACAGGGAGCUUCGGCAGGCAGAGCUCCCUAACCGCUCCCCAGGCUUUGGAAUUAAGAAGGAGAAGACAGGCUGGGACACGUCAGAAAGUGAGCUGAGUGAGGGGGAGCUGGAGAGGCGGCGGCGGACGCUUCUACAGCAGCUGGAUGACCACCAGUGACCCAACACGCUGCUCUCUGCCUUGGACCAGGCCUGUGUGAGGCAGUGGCUCCUGGGCCACCCUCACUGUGCCUCAGACUCUUUUCUUUGUCUGGUCUAUGUCCACUUUUGCUAAAGUAACUUUACCCCAACACACUACAGCUGACACCUCUCAAGGUCUGCUUUGGUGUUCAAGGGUUCCCUGAUUCCUGGACAACUAGUGCAGUCCUUCCCUCAGCCCCAGACCAGAAAUGGAUGGUGUGUAUCAUGUGGGGUGGGUGACACCAGAAGGUACAGUGUGAGUGCAGGGGUCUCUGGGGAACAGAUAGGCUGGUGGACACGGCCUCUUUGUCUAGCACCAGUGCCUGCUGCUGCCUGCCCUGGGGCUCCACCACUGCUUCCUCUAGCCCUAGGAACCAAUGUAUGUGUGUUAAUUUUGUUUUUAAAUAAUAUUUAUAACACGGCCAGUGACUUUUGUCUUCAUUUGCUAUUGGGGCAAGCUGGGGCCUGAACAGGGAAACAGAUGGCCAGGAGAGGGCAGUCGUGUCUCAUGUAGGCUUGUUCCCUUUGUGUGGUCAGAGACCACCCAGCCAGCUUCUCCCUUCCCCAGUCUCCUGAGCUCAUCCUCCCUGAAACG